AUGUCCCAGCCCGAAGACGAGUUGCUCGUAGACGUCGCCAGUCCGAUAACUGUAGAAGGACUAGACCUCUUGCACAGGUCCCUGCUGAAGUCUUCGAGUGAGGACCAGCAAUUCCUUGACCUGGGCUGUGGAAAAGGGGACGUCACGCGGGAAACGCUUCUUCCCCGUUGUCUUCCCGUCGGUCGAAUCGUUGCCGUCGACGUUUCCGAGGACAAGAUCGAGACCGCCAAGAAGCACUUCGCCCAUCCUAAGAUUUGCUACGACGUUCUCGAUGCCGUAGUGGAUGACGUGUCCGCCUUCGUGACGAAGUACGGUCAGUUCGAUCGAGUCUACGCCAUCUUCCUUUUCAACUGGGUGAAGGACCAGGAGAAAGGAUUCAAGAACGUCUUCGAACUGUUGAAGCCCGGUGGAGAAUGUCUCUUCAUGUUCUACGCUUCCAGUUUCCAUCUUCAGUUUCGAAAGAAGUUGGCCAAUACGGAACGUUGGAAGAAAUAUGCGGUGAUGUGCGAGAGUACAACUCCUCCAACGUUGGAGCUUGUUGGAAAAGAAGCACGCAUCUCCUACAUGACUGACCUGUUGAAAAGGGCCAAUCUCACACCGUCUCUUUGCGAUGUAAUCCAAGAAAGAUGCACGCAUUAUACCAGUAAGGACGUCCUAAUCCAGGAAAUUCUCGCCGUCAAUCCGAUCACGGCCGCAGUCACCGAGGAAGAAAAGCCGCACUUUCGGGAGGAGGUGAUCAGGGAAGCGAACAGACUGUGGGCCGAACAAGAGGCCGGAGGACACCCACUCGACUACGACGUCUACGUUAUCCGUGCAUCGAAGGCCAGCGCGUGA